AUGUUUGAAGUGAGCCUUGGCUUCCUUUUCCGCGGAUUCAAUGCUUGUAAGUUUGUGACUUAUCUAAGUCUGCUCUUCUUCGUCCUCUUGCUUUCUCUGAAACUGGACAAUAAAAUUGGAGUUGGAUAUGCAAUCGUAUUCCUGCCAAUUUGGCUUUAUAACUUUUUAAUUUUCGCUGGUGCUGUGGUUGGAGUUAUAUCGUUCUUAAUGCACCCACCAUCUCAAAAUGAUGUGACAUUACGUGUUGAUUUCACGGCCAUGCAGUUAACAACCGUGGAACAUUCUUUUCUCUUCCUUUUCGCCUUAAUGACAUAUUGCAAGUUGGAGCUAUCAGCUGUUUUUCGUGAUUACUUUGAGCUUCACUGGAUAAUUGUGUUUUCUCCACUUUUUGCAUUAUCAAUCGCUUCGAUUGGUCUUAUGGUGGACUGGUCAUGGGCUGUUGUAUUUAUUCCAUUGUGGAUUGUGCUCUCAUUAUCUGCAGUGGGCGUUUUAUACGCUCUUGUGCUCUCUAUCGUGUUAGCGCGAUCACGUCACCUGGUUCCAUCGCAUCGAAGGCAGCACGUUACAUCGGCGCUAUUCCAUGCUUGCCUUGUCGUUCCCGCGUUAAUAUGUAUGGUGCUGCUAACCGGAAAACUAGACGCUCUGGAAUGGGGAGACAAUGAUCCUGCUGCCGACAUGCCAUUUACGGCUGUGUUCGCUCCACUUCUUGUGUCUUUGCUUUGCCUCGUUCUAAUGUCCUGCGUUCAUGGUGGAGGGAAUAUCUGGUGGUUCGGCCUUCGACAACCAUUUUGUACAGCCUUAUUAGAUGCUUGUCCUUGCUUGAAGCAAUAUGCAAAUGUUAGCUACAAAUUCGUACUUCACCGGGAAGGUCUUAGGGAAGGAAGUGCAAAUGCGCAUCCAGUGGUACAUCCUCGCAGGGAGGAACACGAUCGGAUAUGGGCUAUGCUUAGUUUUUAUGAUAUUCUACAAGUUAGCUCAAAGGCAAGUGUUGAAGAAAUCAAACGUUCAUAUUUUGAUUAUCUGCGUCGCAUUCAUCCAGACAAAGGCGGUGUAGGAGAAGGAAGUUCGGACUCUGUCACCCUUGCCACACAUAUUUGGAGCACUCUCAAGGUCUGCUUUCACAAAAUUUCAUUAAAUGACACUUGUUUCACACUGCGUUUCGCUGAUAAUAAUUAA